UCCUAAGACAACCCAUAAAACAUGCAUUUGCAUUAGAGAGGCUCGUUGUUUCACUACCGCAACCACAGAGAGGUAAGCUGCAGGAAGCGGAAUGCACUGCCUUCAAGAGGAGUGUGAGUUUAGCUGAGAGGAGACAGCUUACAGCCUGCAGAGACAAACACACAGAGCCAGACGGAUAAAGGAUGCACAACACUUCACUGACUUCUUUAUAGGCUGCUGCUACACCUGAGCUGCCUACAACGACACUGGGACUGAUUAUAUAUUUUCUGCACAGAGACCUCUGGGUUUGUUCCACCAUCCACAAGAUGCACAUGAAUAGCUUAAUAGAUCAAUGGACGGACGUCUCCAGGAUGUGUGACGUGGACGUGUCCCCGGAGCCCACCAGUCCCACCCUGUACAGUGAAUCUGCAGACAAGUACGACAAUGUGGACCGCUGGCAGAAGCUCCGCACUGCCGUCCGCAAACUGGAAUUCUGGGAAAACUUUACCGCCGAGCUGAUCGGGAGUGGCUUCUUCUCCAAAGUCUAUAAGGUGAUGCACAGCACCAGUCGGAAGGUGACGGUGGUGAAGAUCUACAAAAACGACGUGGACCAAGACAGCAUCGUACGAGAGAUCAGCCUGCUGCAGAAACUCUCCCACCCCAACAUCGUCAGAUAUCUGGGAAUCUGUGUCAAAGAAGACAAACUUUAUCCAAUCUUAGAGUAUGUGAAUGGUGGCUGUCUGGAGGAGCUUCUGGCCAGGAAAGAUGUUCCCCUGUGCUGGAGAGAGAAGGUGGACCUGGCCUGUGAUAUAAGCAGAGGGAUGAUCUACCUGCACUACAAGAACAUUUACCACAGAGACCUGAACUCGAAGAACUGUCUGAUCCGGGUGACGUCUCGGGGUCGGGAGGCCUUGGUGACUGACUUCGGCCUGGCCAGGGAGGUGGUGGAGGUGGUGGAGCUGCCUGUCAAAGACCCCGGCAGGAAACUGUCACUGGUGGGCUCAGCCUUCUGGAUGGCCCCCGAGAUGCUCCGAGGAGAGCCGUACGACCGCAAGGUGGAUGUUUUCUCCUUCGGCAUCGUGCUCUGUGAAAUCCUGGCCAGGAUCGCUGCCGACCCGGAGAUACUACCCAGGUCACAGGACUAUGGGCUGGAUGUGAAUGCGUUCAGGGAGCUGAUGACUGACUGUCCUCAGCGUCUCCUGGAGUUAGCAGCCAGAUGCUGCAUGGUGGAGUCCUUCAGACGGCCAGCGUUCACAGAGUUGCUGGAUGAGUUAGGAGAAGUCGCCGAGAGUCUGGAGCCGCCACCGAAAUCUGAUGUGACCACGAGCUGAGUCGCACCGUCUGGGAACCCCACCUAGAGCGUCUUGGAGUAUUUGGUCAGUGUCUGGACAGGAAGCUGGACUGACCCUGAGCCCUCUGUGGCAUCUCUCUCCUCUACUGCAUAACACCCGACCAUGGCUGAACUUGUCUUAACUGAGGUGUUGCAGAUAUAAUAGAUGUGUUUUUUGGAGGGUGGUGGAAACUCUCCUGUCUUCUCAUGAACACUUUGCUUUGACACAGUUUUUUGUACAGAUGAAUAGUAGUCUGACUAGUAGGAUGGAAUGUACAGUAUAGUCUGUUUUUUUGCAGCACGUCUUUCUCGACCAAAAAGGUCUUAUCCUCCAUCCUUAUCUUCCUCAGUUCCUUCUGUUCUGUGUGAGUGGUUUGUUUGUAGCCAACAACACAGAUGAUCAUGUCUGUUGAUGUGUUUUCUGCCUUUUCUAUCUGCUCGCCCGUCCGGUCUCCUCUACACUGGAACAAACACGUCACUUCGUAUAAGAUGGGACACAACAAAUAGGUGACUAACAAAUCAGGAGCUGAAGAGAUUUGUUGUCUUGUAGACUUUGGAGUUGAACAGAAACACAAGUUGACAGAAAACUCAAACAUGCCAACGUCAAAUUUGCUCCGUGUGUUCAGGUUCAAAAAUCUACACAUUUCAGCUUUUCAGGAACAAAUAAAAAAAAUCUUUCAGGCUUUUAUUCAGCAUAAUGACUGCGUUUUUGAGUUAUUCUGUGGAUUUUGCUCAGAGGAACCGUACAUUUCUCAACAAUGAAAUCACAAAAAGUGGUUGUUUUCAAUAGCGAUAUGCACAAUUUAAUAUCCACGUCUCUUUUUUUCACGUUUUCAUAUUUUGUCAUUGUUACUUUGAACUGAACAUGUGCUUGUAAAUAUUCUUUUGCUCACAACUUUUUAAAUUCUGCCACCUUUUUGGGGAUUGAAGGGUCCACAUUCCUUCAAGUUUACCAGUAUUUACUAUUUUCCUGUUUGUGUGUGUCUCAGUGAUUUUUCAGACAGCUGCAAUACAAAAUUAACUUUCACAAAAGGCACAUUUAUUUUUUAUUCCAUUAAAUUGGUUCCAACUUUUUAGUUGGUUCUCAAAGUUCAGAGAUACAGGUUUAGUUUUCUUGCACUUACGCACAUAAAUAUGAUACAAUGGGGAACAAAUAUAAAAGACAACAAUGACAUAUAGGUAAAACACAGAAAUCCCAGCAGGCUUUUACAUACAGAAAUAAAAACUAAAUUGGUAGACGGACUCACAAAUGAGAAGAAAUACAAAUAAUCUGUAACUUAAAGGACCAGUGUGUAACAGUUAGGGGUAUCUAUUGGCAGAAAUGGAAUAUAAUAUUAAUAAGUAUGUUUUCUUUAGUGUAUAAUCACCUGAUAAUAAGAAUCGUUGUGUUUUUGUUACCUUAGAAUGAGCCGUUUAUAUCUACAUAGGGAGCGUGUUCUCUUCACGGAGUCUACCAUGUUUAUACAGUUGUCCAGAACGGAAAAACCAAACACUGGCUCUAGAGAGGGCCAUUUACGGUCUCACAUUUUUUUCUCCUACACGCUUGGCAAACGGGAGAAGUUUCUGCUGGUUGCAAUCUGCAACCUCACUGCUAGAUGCCGCCAUAUCCUACACACUGCUCCUUUAAUUUACCAUUUAGGCAGCGAGUUUUCUCCAUUCAAGGUAGAUCAUCUGCUCAGAGUGACUGUAUAAAUAUUCAUCUGCAUUUAGAUUUUGUUUCACUUUUCACAUUCCAUCAUGUAAAACUAAUGGAACAAUUAUCAUUUGAUCUCCUUUAAAAAAAUAAAGUUUCAGUCCCAUUUGAUAUAAAUA